AUGGAAGGCUUCAACACUGAAGAAGUGGAUGACUACGAUCAAAGUCCAACUUAUGCAGGACUUGUUAAGCUAGUACGCGAUGCUGUCCAGGAAAAAGAUCCUAAGAUGGAACUUACGAAAUCAGGGACUCAAAUUUCAGUCCACCAUCCUAUGUUUUCGUCGCAAGAUGACCAGUGGGAGAUGGAGUAUUCAGAGCGGACAGGAUUCCCUCUAAACAAAUUCAAGGAGAGGUGGUUGCAGCUAAAGGCUGCUGGAGAACAACAAGAGCCGCCUGGAGGAGAAUAUCAGUUUGCAAAACCUGGUCUCGAUGAGCAAGCAAAAAAUGUGGCGCUUCAUGGCUCCAUUAAUCGUCCACUCGAGGGGGUUGAAAGGCCUACGCUUAUGGGCCUAGUACAGAUGCGAGACUCUCUUGACUAUCGUAUGAGCCAAGUUAUGGGGGCGGCAACGGCCUACAAGAGUUUCUGGGAGCUCGACAUGCCAGAUUGUGAGGAAGUCGAUAUUAAUGCUUACUCUGGUCCAAAUGUACCAAGAUCAUUUGACCUAGUCUGCGAGUACGCCCUAUUUGACGAGCCAGCAACACUACAGGGCCACAGUUAUGCGAAAGGGUUAAAGUAUAUCGCGUGUUGUAUAGCUGAAGCUGGUUGGAACCAGGCUGAAGCUACAGCUAAACUUGAUUCUUUGGUAAAGUACAAAGAAGCAGUUGUCCGCGCUUCGGGCAUCCCAAAAGUUUAUGGCAUGAGCCGUCUUCUGUCAACGAUUAACACGAAGAUAUUCAAGUACGAAUGGGAGAUCCGGCAAGAACUCAAGACAAUCUCGCAGCGCACAAAGCGAAGGAUCCGGGCGAUGUCCCCCGGCAAGUCCGACACACCACGCCAAAAAGGUCUCCCAGGUGAGUGGAUUGAAGAUACCGCUACGGCUGACAUGGCAAGGUUAGGCCUCUGUGGUGCUGGACCAAGCAGUCCUGGUCCUAGUUAUAGUGGACCAAGCAGUCCUAGUUCCAGUCGUGGUGGUGCUGAACCAAGCAGCCAGUAG